GCCUCGGAUAGUCCGGUCGCUAUUGCUGGUCGAGUCGUGCUGGUCGCUGACACGCUCCGAUCCGAGAGUAGAUCGUGUUCCGGUGUUAAGUGAUCGCGAGUGUGUUUGUGUGUGGGCUCCAUCCUUCUUCCUCUUCCAUCGGUUAGAGAGAGAUUCUUUCAGGUUUCAGACGGCUUGCCCCGUUCGCUUCCGGUGACAGUGAUCAGUGUGGUCUGAUCAGUCGAGUGCAAACCAGCGUCAACCACUGGGGCACUGCACGCGUUCCAUUCACGCCCAGGACAGAAGGCCAAAGGAAACGAAAACCAUGUUCAACUUCUUCAAACGCUCCAAGUCCCAGAAAGUGAAGCAGAAACAAGAACCAAAACUGCAACCAGUAGCACCGGCGGCAGCAGCAGCAGCAGCAGCAGCAACCGCAACAACAACAUCGCCAGUAUGUGCAGAGGAACGCAUCAACGAUUCCACCAGUGCGGCCGUUGGUGUUGGUGAGACAUUGUUGGGCGCGAAGGUUGCGUCCGUUGCGUACGCAGGCGCGCGUGGUACUGUUGGUGAUCGUCGAGACAGCAACCAGCCUCCAAGCCAUGAUGGCGACGAGGAAAAGCGUCCUAAAAAUAGUUUCCCACCACAACCACCGGCAGCGCCGCUGGUACCGCCGGUUGGAGGAGGUACAGAGGCAGUGCAACCGGUAGUGGUGGAACCGGUGCCCUCGAAGUGUUCGCCUGCGGUGCGUCCCCCACUGGGAAGGCCAACGUACGCGAGCACUGGCACGGUAGUGGCAACGGGCCCGUCGUUAGCGCGAUCCUCGGAUACGAUCACCAUCGGCGACGCCGUCAGUCCGAGUGUUUCCACGUUACCGAACGGUCCGUAUCGAACGGAUCGCCAUCCGUCCGAUAAUCGGCAGCCCGCGAUAACGGAACCGAUCAACAACGACGAUCAGGACGAUCACGACGAAACGAUUCCGAUCGAUGACAGCAGCAGCAGCAGCAGCAGCACCACCGAGCAGCAGGAAGCAGACAGCAGAAACGCCAGUUCGUAUCGAUACACGCCACAGAACGAAGGUGCGAUGGCCAAAGGGAAAAACAGACGCCGCAACUAUCAGCAACAGCAACAACAACAACAACAUCAGGUGAAAGUGAAUCAACAACAGCAGAAUGGUGGCCUCAAGGCCUCACUGGUGGAGGUGGCGAAGCGAGGUGACUCCAGUGGACAGCUACUACCGAAAGCGUUGCCAACGAUCGACGGUGGUGUGGACGCACAGGUGAUCAAGGUUAAGGAGGUAGUGGUACUGACAGCAGAAUCCGCCGUCACCGUGAAUGGUGACCACGUCAUCAACGGUGACGUUGACAAACGACAGCAAACCCGACCGACGGUGAUCGUCGGUGACGGAUCGGUCGUCAUCUCGCACCAACACGAUCCCGUUCGCCCGUUAGCCAAGACACGCACCGGCGAGUGCGCAGACGCACCGAAGGCUGCCAGCAACGAGCUCACACAAACUAGUCACUCGCCAGUCAAUGUGGUGCGGGAGGAAUUAUUAAAUAUCAAAAAUAUCUCUCCGAACGGGAAUGAUCACCAACACCAGCAGCAACAGAGCACGUUGCUGAUAGUAGUGAAGGAUGAUGAUGAUGAUGGCGGUGAUGGUACCUUGCCAGGCCGGCAGUCGAGUGAUCCGGUGGUGAGCACCAGUAGUAGUGAACCAGUUGCGCCGUCAGCAACAGCAGCACCAGCAGCAGCACCAGCACCAGGAACAGAAGUGUUGAGCAUCACCGAUGAGAUGGGCCAACAGCCAAGCCGAACAGUGGCCGGUAGUGAACAGCAGCGAUCGGCGGUGCGAUCAUCGAAAUCGAAAUCCCCACAACCGGCACCAUUGCCACCGCCACGCGGCCAGCGAACGAACGGAUCCGGGACACACCAGGCAGGAACGGCCACCGAGAUCGAUGGUCCUGGGGACGAUACUAGUGACGAUCGGGAUGUGUUCUACGAGGCAACGGAAACCUUGGUGCCGGUUUCGACUGUGCCAGCCAUCGCCAGCAACAUCGCUGGAGUUAAUGGAGGAGAACUGGUGGCCCGGGCCGCCGGUACCUCUCCGGAACCGAUCCGGGCUAGUCUGGUGCUUAAGAUUGCCGAAGCGGAACCGCUCGGUGCGGCAGAGCGGAAGCAGAAACGGCAGGUUAGCUUCCGGUUAACGCAGAACGGAAGUGAUGAUGUUGAGGUGACGAACGUGAUGAUCGACAGUGACGACGACAGUGGCGAAUCGGGUGUUAGUGAUGGUGAACAAACGGAAGCUAAUGGCGGUGGUGACGAUGAUAACAGUGACGCGACAGUGAGACGUACGCCUGAUGCACGUGGUGGCACACCGAAUCGGAAUGCAUUUAGUGAGAAGCGUGAUAGCUUUAUCGAGUUUCAAUAUGAUCGCAGCAGUGCCGGUGAUGGUGGUGUGCCCGAGAAGGAUGGCAAGAAAGCGGACAAUGGCGUCGUACCGGUGGAGUCCAUGAUGCCAUUGUCACCAGCGACCACCGUGAUCGAGGACAGUGUCAACGCCAGCCUGCCAGAUGUCGUACGGCCGACCAGCAUCGAACCACCCUUCGGCACCGUUGAGAAGCUCAACAGUGAAAUGAAGGAUCUGGUCAACCAGGAAUCGCGCUACAGUGCCAAGCUCGGUGAAUCAGAAAAGCGCGCCAACGAUGCCAACGCCAAGGUGUACGAGCUGCAGCAGAAAUUGGACGCCGUGGAGCGCGAUGCCUCCCUCAAGGAGUACAAUGUUGAGCGUUUACGGGCGGAGCUGGAUGCCACCUUGAAGGAAUGCGACGGUAUACGUGCCCGGUUGCGCACCCAGGAAUCGGAGAUGGAAGCAAUAAGACUGAGGGCCUCCGAGCGGGAGGAUGAGCUGAAUUUAAAGUUUCAAAAUUUGGAAAUAGAACACUUGGAACUAACCGAGAAGCUGAAGGAGGUACGGCAGCUGGCCCACGAUCUGAACAGCCAGCUGAUCGAUGCUCGGUCCGAGCUGGAUCGGCUCAAGGAGGAACACCAGCGACUGCUGGAUGCGCGGGCCGAGGAACAGAAGGUGAUGCGCGAUGCGCUGGAGGAAUCGGUGCAGCAGCGUGCCCAGGUGGAGGCCAAGUGGAAGCACGAUUUCGAGCAGCUGCGCAACGUGAACAACGACCGUGAGGAGCACCUGAUGCAGGACUGUGAAUUUGCCAUCCGGAACAUGCAGAAAACCUGCAAGGAGCGCAUCGAGUCGGUGGAGAAGGAAAAGAAGCAGGCGCUGGACAAGGUGAGCCGGCUGGAGGAGGUAACACGGAAGCAGAUCGACGAGGUGCAGCACCUGAAAUCGUACGAGGCGGAGGUCGAGCAGCUUCGAGGGUUAACGUACGAUCAGAAGGAAGCGCUCGCCACGAUGACGCGUCAGGUGGAGCUGUUAAAGACAGACCUGCAGACCGCCACCGAUAAGCUAGAGCAGGAGAUAGUCAAGAUGCAGCAGAUCAAAAGUCGUUGCGAAUACCAACUGUGUGAGAAGGAACGGGAAGCGUUGAGCAGGAUAGAGAUUGCACGGGGUGAGAUCGCCAUGCAGUGGGAGGAUCGAUUGUUGCGCGAGAUGAACCGUCUCAAGGAGGAACUGGAGCAGAUGCACAUGGAGGAGCGAAACUCCGCCAUCGAGAAGAUCCAGCGUGAAUCGCUCGCCGAAACGGAAGCCAUGAGCAAGCGAUUCAACGAGCGCAUCAAGGAGCUGAAGGAUGAGAUUGAAUCACUGAAAGCGAAAAUCGAACAACAAAAAGCGGCCAUGGCGAACGCCCAGUCCGAAGCCGACCAGAAGCUACUCAAGUCCCGCAUGUACGUCGAACGAGCGGAGCGUGAACACGAACAGAAGCUAGCCAAACUGUCCUCUGAGAAGGAUGAAAUCAUCGAAACCCUAAAACGGCAGUUCGUAAAGGAAAAGCAGGACCUGGAGCAAUACUUCACCAAUCGCAUCCAGGAGGUACAGGAAGAGUUUGCUCGAGAGAUCUCCGAUGCAACCGAAAUGAUGAAAUGCACGCACAAAAAGGAACUAGAAACCCAAUGGAAAACACUCAUCGCAGAGAAGGAGGAAGCAUUGCAGCUGAUGGAAAGUCGAAAUCGAAACCGACUCGAGGAUGCUGAAAACAAAGUCAGAGAACUCACGACAAGCCAUCAGCGAGAGCUCAAGGAUCUGCAUGAGGAGCACAGCUUCGUGGUGCGCAGUCUGGAGACGCGAGAUACGAAGAACGCCCAAGAGAUACAGACGCUGCACAAGAAGUGCCGCUGCCUGACGAACCUUUUCGAAGAAAUGCGAUUGCGCUACGAACGACGAGAAUCUCGACCGGAAGAUUUGCAGCAGAUCGAAGAGUUGAAGAGCGUCGUAGAAUCACAGGACCGUGAUUUGCGGCUUCUUACCGAACGACUCCGGGAACUACAGCUUCAGCAAGUUGUGCCAGAACCCCAACGGCAACCACAGCCGACUCCAACACCGCGUCGCUCGAAGCACAACAAAGGCAAACAGAACAAGCAGCAGCAACAGAAUCAACAAAAUCAACAGCAAGCGAAACAACAGAAAAAAGGUCCUGCGAGUCCCCUGGCAGAAGUAGAAGCGCCUUUGCAGGAGGAACCACUGGAAGAUGAUAUCGUUACGGUACCGCCACUCGGCGAGCAGUACAUGGAAGAGUCCGCGGAAGAACCCCAGAUCAUCUUGAUGCCUCCAGCACAAACACAGAUGAUGGCUCCGAUGAUGCGCACCAUGUGCGAUGUGAUCUACGAAGAAAAUGAAGCCGAUAUUCUGCGCGAAGAGGAAGAAGCACAGCGUUCACUGGAACAACACCAAGAAGCACCGCUAGCGGAUGACACGGAGAUGCUCCACGAAGAAAAUGUCGAUUCCUUCACCGAAGCCAUGCAGGAUAACACCCCGCAGGAACAGGAGGGUUUGGUAGUGGAUGUACCAGAAUCGGCGAUACACACCGAAGUCCGAACAGUACACUCGACUGCGCCAACCAUAAUCGAAGAAACGGAGAGCGGUGAUAGCGUGCCUUGCUGCCAGGUGGAAGAAGCAGAACCACUUCAACAGUCGACGAUCGUGAUACCUAUUGUCGAGGACGUUCCGCCAAUGCCACGAUCCUCCACUUCACGUGAAUCUUCAGCCCCGCGCAUCAUUGUGACCGAUGAGACUGGGCCACAGCAAAUCACCGCAACGACGGUAGUGGAAAUCUCCGAGGAAGAUCCAUCCGUAGCGACAGUCAUCGAGCUGCCAGCCGUUUACGCAAAACCAUACCCAGCCCCAGCAGAACUUUCGCCCGAAUCCGUCGGUGAUACCGCCCAGUUGAACCCAUCGGUACCGGAAAUGAUUGUGGUGCGUGUUCCGGAGGGUGGAAGCGCUGAACAGGGGGCCAGGGGGGAUCUGUAGUAGCACCACGGUGCACAGAAAUGGUGUUGUAAAGCUUACCGACUUGGGCGACCCAGAUGUAUUAUCCUUUUCGAUGAUAGAAAUCCCUUUUAUUAUGCUAAUUGCUGUAGCAGCACGAAUAGCACACACUCCAACAGUACUCCAUUGCCUCCCGGCUGGUUUGCCCUGGGUGGCCUGGGUUCGAUGGGAGCAGCGGAUAUCGGGUAUUGAUAUCUGCUCGCUGCUGCCGCACACGACGACAAAAAUAGACGAGUAUCGACGAUCCGCGAGCUGUGGUUUUAUCACAUUAAUCCGUAAUACUGGCUAGUACUGUGUACAUAUAUAUUUAGCUCCUUUUGCACGACGAACUAUAAUGGCCCAUUUUGGGACCGUGCAGGGUACAAUCGGAGUAUCGGUUCGGAUGCCGAUCAGUAGCUUUAAUAAAGAAAGAAUAAACAUGGUUAUGAGAAUCUA